GGAGUUUUCUGUUCCAUUCUUUUUCACUUUAACACAUAAAUGCACGUUUUAACUCCAGACGUUCAAUAGAACAUCACCGAACAUUCGCAGGACAUAAGGUUGCUUCGACCAAAAGACAUUUUUGGAAUUAUUAUUUUGCAUCACUUCGAGUAGUAAGUGUUUCGUCGUCGACUUCGUAAACAUACGCGCAGAAGGAGAAUCCAGUUGGGGGAAAUCCGUGACAGGUUUUCCUCAACCUCACAUCCCUUUCUAGGCACUGAAAAGAGCAUUUUCAAGUUACAGCCGGUCAGAGCAAGCUUUGCAGAAGGGGGUGUGUUGGAAACUGGCAAAGCUUUCUCUCGUGUGUGUGUGUCUGUGUUCAUAUCCGUCCUGUGGGAAGAGAGCCGCUCCGGCCCUGUGGGAAUCGACUGGAACUGGUCACUGUUGAACUGGAUCGGACACUGCGAGGAUUCCGUUGAGAGCGAAAUAUGUUGCCCAAGAGCAGGCUGGGAAAGCGCUCCACCAUGGGCGCGCUGGUGUGUGGCUCCUGCCACCCCUCCGACGGCCACCAGGAGGCGCCGCAGCUGCCUCCACAUCAGCAUCAGGGCGAGGCGGAGGCCGGCACGCCGUGUCUGGGGCUCGGCCCGAGACCUCACGGCGUCAUCAGAGUCAAGCUGCACCCGGGCCAGAAGGUGUAUGUUUUCUGCGGAGGCCAAGAGUGCUGUGGCAUGGUCGAGCAGCACAACCACGUGGACAACCAGGUGAACAUCUUCCUCCCCCAGCUCAACCAGCACAUCGUCCGCAAGCAGGAGGACGUCUGGACGACCCCCAACCCUCCGCUCGCCUCUCACUCCCACCCCACUCGCUCUGUGUCUUCCUGCAUUGACGUACCAAGAAGUUACAGAAGCCCUGUGUCUGUGGACAUGGAUGAGAUGAUGGCUGCCAUGGUGCUGACCAGCUUGUCAUGCAGUCCGCUGGUCCAGAGCCCGUCUCAGGUAGAACCAGCCGUCAGUGGGGUGGAAUGUGGCGGAGGUGAACUGUCCGACAGCGGCAGCAGCGGCUACUGGAGCUCCGACCAUGGCAACACAAGCCCCGCCCCGUCACCAACCAUCGAGGAGACAGACAGGGGUGCGGUCCCACCCACCGACGAGGGAUUGGACAUGGAACUGGAACAGGUUCUGUUUGACGAACCAGCGCCACGGAAACGAAAGAACUCUGUUAAGAUUGCUUACCGGUGUCUUUGGCGCAACUGUGGCAAGGUUCUGACCUCAGUGGUUGGCAUGAAGCGGCACAUUCGCACACUGCACUUGGGCCAGAGCACGGAGCAUGAGCGCUCCCAGAGGGAGGAGGACUUCUACUACACCGAGAUCUACCAGGACGUGGACCAGAUGACCGUCAGUAGCGGGGGCCCUCCCCUGGCCCCUGCCCCCACCCCCGCCAGGCCCUCCUGUGCGUCCCCCUCCAGCACUGCCCAGCACAUCCCCUCUCCCCCCAAAACCGAGCCCAGUCCCCUCAGCCGAUCUGCGCCCUCCGAGAGCUUCUGGCAGGUCCACUGCGAGCACUCGUACCAGGCCCCUGCACCUCCUCCUGCUCAGGCGGUGACUGCAGCGCCCUCCACCUCCCCCUCCUGUCUUUGGACGCAGCCUCUGACCGUCGCCACAAACAAACAGGUGGCGCCAUUUCGCAACCGUUCAGUGAGUGUUGGUGAACAGUGGCUCCAGAACCACAGCGCCCCCAGCAGGUCGGUCCCAGCCAGUGUCUCACCACCCAGAAAUCACUGCAACACCAGAAAGAUCCGCGGCGAGGCCAAGAAGUGCCGGAAGGUGUACGGCAUCGAGCACAGGGACCAGUGGUGCACCGCAUGCCGCUGGAAGAAAGCCUGUCAGCGGUUUGUGGACUGAGAGAGUGCAGACAGCGAGAGAAAGAGAGAGAGAGAUCGUGAGAGAGGGGGACAUUUUCUUUUCAAACUGAAGAAACACCUCUUCCAAAGACAGGAGGACAGGCUAACCACAAAACCAGAGAAGCACCUUUUUUGUUUUUUAAACUGUUUUGUACUUUUUACUUUUUAAAUGUUUUUGUUGUUUUUUUGUUUUGUUUUUGUUGUUUGUUUUUUGUUCUUUUAUACUUGCAUGCUUUUUGUGUUUAAAUUUCACAACUGUAAUUGUACUUUGUUACAGCAUGAUUUAAAUGUUUUUGGUGCUUACAGUAAGGCUUUGGGGAAGUAAAGAGGUAUUACACUGCCAUUCCCCUUAACUCUACCUGUCUGAGGUGAGUCUUGAGUCUCGAGGUGCCCACCUCUGCUAGUCUUCCUCCAAACUGGAACAUGAUGAGACGCGUCCCCUGCACACACAGGGGUCUUCUGUGUAACAGUCUCUGAGCCACUGCCACAUCAGCCAAGGGGAUUUCCCUUAGGAGUCAACGGAGGCCCAUCUCCACACGACCCCGGUUCUAGGAAUCGACUCGUUUCUCAAUGGCAGUCUAGAAAUAAAUAUGGCCGCCUACGAAAGAAGCCGCUUCGGUUUCCCGCCCUUCCUCAAACACUACGAGUGAGUGAGUGUGUGUGUGUGUGUGUGUCUGUAUGUGUGUGUGCACACAUUUGUGUAUGAAGUGGGAUGGCAGUUACUGUUCCAGCACUGAUUUAAUAUUGAAGACCAUGCAGUAAGAAAGAAGUCAAUUGUGGUGCAGGCGUAAGAUUGACCUAAUGAGAGGAGUUAUAAAAAAGGAAAAAUAAAUAAAAAACACGGCAGCUUAUUAUGACUACAGCAGUUGGUGGAGCAGUGUUGGCACUCAUGGCCCACUGUGUCCACUGUAAAAGCCAUGCAGAUCUGUGGUGGAAUUCCACAGCGUCCGAAGCUUUUUUCUUUCUCUUCAAAAAGAGAUGUUUUAUGUAUAAAAAAAAUGAGUUUUUUUGUUGUUGUUUACUCAGUGGCUAGUGUUUCUGGUGUUAUGUCAUAAUCAUUGUGCUCUUAUAUUGAUUGCCAGUGAGACAAAAAAAGAUGUAAAAAAAAUUAGAUCUCUGAUGACAAAGAAAUUAGUUCUGGUGUAGCAACGUUCCCCUUUUCCAUAAUCAUUUGACACUUCCUUCACGAGUUUACCAAACUGUUGGCUCAAGUGUACAUUUUGUGGUUCCUUCUUUUACUAUGGUGCAAUCGCACUGUAAGACCACUCUUUUGAAUCUUUUUGAUAUUCUGUCUUGUCCUUUAAUGAAAGGAAUAUAAUAUGUAUGAUUGAGAGACAUCAGCCUCCAACCUUUUUUUCGUGUAAAGUUCCAAGGAAUAAGACUUUGUAUGUCUGCUUGUACUACAGACGACAUGAAUGUCUUAGGGAGUCUGCUCUAUGCGAGUCAGAUACUUUUUAGUGAAAGGAUUUGUGUUCACAUUGUAGUUAAGUACUAAAACGGUAAUUUCUUCUGUCAUCUAACUGCCCAGGCAAAUGAGACAUAACCAACAGAAGUCCAUGAGUAUCUUGUGUCAUUGUAUGUUCCAUAAAGUCAGUUUGUGUCAAAGCAAAAAAGUAACACCUUAUUAUGAAAUUCUUUGUGUAAUCUGAAACCUUUUUGUAAUUCUUAAGUUUUAUUACAUUUUAUAAAAAUAUAUAUCAAACCAA